AAAAGACACGCCUUGCUGUGGUUAUAUAAUCAGAGUCUUAGUUACGCCCACUAUAUAGACAGAGGUGCAGCUGAGGACAGCACAGUUUGCGCAGCUAAAAAAAAAAGUUGCAGACAUGGCAUCCACGGAUUCACUUCAAGCGGGAUACGAAGGCCAGUAUGUGGAUGGCUUCCAGUUGUACUUGCAACGCUCUCAGGAACACAAGGUUAUACGUGAGUUCAUCGACAGGAUUCUCCCGGAUGAAUUUGCAAGAAUUGCAGAAGGUAAAAAGAGUCUGAACGUUCUUGGUGUUGGAAGUGGAGGAGGUGAACUGGAUGCCCAUAUACUCUCCGUGCUGCAGACAAAAGUCCCAGGAACAUCCAUCAAUGCUGAUGUACUGGAGCCCAGCCACGAACUGAAUGAGAACUUCAAAGCUUUGGUGGCCAAGACUCCCAACCUGCAGAAAUUAUCCUUCAACUGGCAUUCAAUGACCUGUGCGGAGUAUGAGACAAUGGUCAAAAACAAGAAGGAAACAAAGAGAUUUGACCUUGUGCAUAUGAUUCAGAUGCUGUUCUAUGUAACAGACCUCAAAGCAACCGUCAAGUUUUUCCAUAGCCUGCUCAGAGACAAAGGCAAGCUUUUGAUUAUCCAUGAAGCAGCAAGUAGUGGCUGGAACACGCUCUGGAAGACCUACAAGGAAGAGCUUUGUAAAAGGUCUCUCAGCGACUACUUAUCUGCCGGAGACAUCAAAGACCGCCUUCAGGAGCUGGGACUCAAAUACGAAGAGCACGCCCUCCACAACACUGUGGACAUCACAAUGUGUUUCGAUAAGGCAGACGAAAUGGGAGAGAAGCUUCUGGACUUUAUGACAGACCAGGUCCAUUUCCAUCAGUCGCUGAACGCUGACGUUAGAGCGGGAAUCCUGGACUUGCUGCAGAACAAAUGCAGCACCAAAAAAGAUGGAAGAAUCAUGUUUGACUGCUCCUUGACUGCGCUGCUCGUUUAUCCAUAAACAGCAGGGCCCUUACCAGUUUAUGUUGUAAUGCAUAGUGCAGAGAGCUGCAUCCAUAUUUUUUAAACAAAGAAAAAGGUUAAAAAAAAAACUUUUUCUGAACCGGGGUAAUGUUGGUACCUCCAGAGUGACCAUACAAACAGAAGUAAAAUAUCUCAAAGUAUUUUUUUUCUUCCCAGAACUUUCAUUCUAAUUCCAAAGCCAAUAAAUUACAUUGCCCUUAGUUAUCCUUCUUUCUUGACAAGUUACGUAGUUUACACGUGAUGUCCUUGUAAUGGCAGCUUGGAUAUACUGUCCAUCUUGUCCUUACCCGUCAUCAGAAUAUUAAUUACAUAGCUGGUUCCAGUUUGGGCAGGAUUUUGAUUUGCCAUUUGAUUUGCUCAAAGAUUGAUCAGAAAUUUAAUGCCAGGUUGAGGAGAUGGCUCAUUUUUAUUCACCCCAACAGCAAAACAAGGCAUAUAGUAAUUUGAGGAGGGGAGGGGGUGCAAUUAAUUAGAUUCUUCUUGUAUUUGUUUUAUAUACAUGUAUGAAGCACAAGGUAACCUUAGUUAACCCGCUACCCUCCUCUUUUAAUGUUUUGUGACAUCUAUAUAUGUAUAAUUCCAAACCACUUACUAACAAUGUCAUAGUGGGAUGUACUACAUUAGUCUGACCACUGGGGGGCAGUAAAAGCUAUCACACUGUUAACUUGAUAAAGAAUCAGUAAAUG